AGAAUAAGGUCAGGCAUCGGUGACCAUAACGUCCUGCAUUUAUCUUCACGGUCUGUAUGUAAAGCAGCUGCAUGUGAUGUGUGGUUUAUUUCAGAGUUGACUGAGGAAAGCCACCAAAGUAUCUUCACUCAUGGGUCAGAAAUAUUCUCAACCAAAGUUGUACCCGGGAGACAUCGUAGAGUUUCCCAGGAACAAAUACGUAUCACAUUUCGGAGUGUACUAUGGUGAAAGGGACGGCGUCCCUUAUGUGGCUCAUCUGACCAGUCGAGACUCAGAUACCAAACUGGAGCUUUUUGGUCGUGCUCUAAAGUCACAGGUCAGACUGGAUCCCUUGGACCUGCUGGGGAAAAAAUACAAGGUCAGUAACAUGCUGGAUGACUCGUUCUCACCCAGAGACUUCCACACAAUAGUGAAGUCCAGCAUCGAUGACAUAAUGGGCAGGGAGAUGACCUUUGACAUCUUGUUCCACAACAGUGAGCACCAGGCCACACUCUUCAGAUAUGGCGUCAAGAAAUCACAACAGAUUGACAAGAUUUAUGAACACAUCUUGCCAGCCUGGCAGAAACCGUUCAACGACAAGAAACUGUGACCACGAGAGGGCGUCUGUGUUCAAUUUUUAUGAGGAGUCAGUGACACAGGCCGCGUUGACGUCUUUACAAUUCGGUUAAAAAAGCUUUACAUUACAUUAUUUAUAUAUAUAUAUAAAAGUCCCUAUGACAGCAGCCACAUAUGAUCAAUCUGUAUAAUUAAGGUGAUGAUGAUGAUGAUGGAGAAAGCCAUAACAAUAUUGUAGAGAAAAAAAGUGGAAGUGUUUUUGGAAGUGACUACACAUAGCAGUGAAAACUUUCAGCCUGUUUGUUUGUUUUGGUUAAAUAAAAAAAAUAAAAGGCUUUCUUGCUGUUGUCA